AAUAGGGCAAUGUGUCACCUGUAGCCUACACGUUGUAUUUGUCCCUGUGCUCGAGGCUGGCUGCAUCCCUGUGCUCGCGCGAGUGUGCGCGAGUGGGCCGAUGACAGUUUGAUUAAUCACCGCAAACCAGGUGAUUCAGAGACCAAACGAGGCCAAACGUUAACGAAGCUACUCUGUUGGCCGUCAGUGAACAGUUUCAGACAGAAGGUCAGGUAACGUCAGGUAAGGUCUCCCUCCGCCUCCAGCUGCACACACACCGACACAGCGCUCUGUCCCUCGCCACAGCUGCUCGAGAGAAACAUGGGGUCCGCAGGACAGCUCUGCUCGGUGCUGCUGCUGCUCUUCCUCCUGGGGCUUCAUCACUCCUCAGGUUUCUGGAUCGUCAACGUCGUCUUCCCGCCAAACGCCAAACCCAGAGCACCAAGCAACAGCACUCCACCGCUCAUUAUUGUGCCAGGGAACUUGGGGAACCGUCUGGAAGCUAAGAUAAACAAGCAGACGCUGGUCCACUGGAUGUGCUACAAGAAAACUGAACACUGGUUCCCACUGUGGAUUGACCUCAACAUGUUCAUGCCCAUAGGUGUUGAUUGCUGGAUUGAUAACAUUAGACUUGUUUACAACAAGACGACUCGGCGAUCAUCCAACUCACCAGGAGUGCAGGUGCGGGUGCCAGGAUUUGGGCAGACGUAUCCCAUUGAGUUUCUUGACUAUAACAAACUGGCGGGUUAUUUCUACACUAUGGUGCAACACUUGGUCAACGUGGGCUACAUCCGAAAUGAGACAGUCCGAGGAGCUCCAUACGAUUGGAGAUUAGCUCCGAAUGAGAACACAGAGUAUUUCACAAAGCUGCAGGACCUGGUUGAGGAGAUGUACGAGCAGUACCAGCAGCCUGUUUACCUGCUGGGACACAGCAUGGGCGGCCACUACGUCCUCUACUUCCUCAACCAUCGACCCCAGGCCUGGAAGGACAAGUACAUCAAGGGCUUCAUUUCCCUGGGAGCUCCAUGGGGGGGUGCUGUUAAACCACUUAGAGUCCUGGCGUCAGGUGAAAAUGACGGCAUCCCAAUGAUUUCCAACAUUAAGAUCCGCGAGGAGCAGAGGAUGACAACAACAAAUCCCUGGAUGGUGCCGUCUGAGGAAGUCUGGCCAAAGGACCACGUCUUUGUCUCCACACCAACUUUCAAUUACACCAACCAGGACUACCAGCGCUUCUUCACAGACAUCAAUUAUGAGGACGGCUGGCACAUGUUGGAAGACACCAAGAACCUCACCAGUGCUCUCCACCCACCUGGCGUUGAGGUGUGGUGUAUGUAUGGCGUGGGGCUUCCUACUCCAGUAACAUACAUUUACGACGAGGAGUUUCCCAACGCGGACCCGGUGGACUUUGUUUACGCCGACGGGGAUGACACAGUGGACAGCUUUAGCAUGAGUUUGUGCAAACGUUGGGCGGACCAGCAGGAGCAGCCCGUCCACAUUACAGAGUACCGAGGGCUGACCCACCUGGACAUAGUGUUCCAUGAAAAGGUGCUCAAUGUAAUCCAGCAUAUCCUGGAGGGCAAUUCAGACACACCCAGAGAGGUUGACGUCCGAUCUGGAACUGAAUAGCAGACAACAGCAUUUAAGAGUUUAAUAAACCAAAAACACACAGUGCUGGAUUUUUACAUAGCCUAUAGUCUGUUCUAGUGCCCCAAACAACACAACACAUUCCACAUGAAAUAGCCCCCCCCAGCCCAUAACCAUGACCCCCUUAUCUAAACUACUUGCUGAUGACUUGCAGAAUGGGUUUGACUCUGAUUUGUUUAUGUCGAUUUGCAGAGUAUUAUGUUGUUGUGUAUCUCUCAUAUUUGAUGUUGCUCAUGACAAGACUUAGUGGUUAUCAUGAUACACAUAAUUAUCACAAUAAUUACAGAAAUAGUAAUGUGGAGUUAUUUUCAAAUGAUGGUUUAUUCAGAGUUGUAGUCAGGCGUUUUAUCAUUCAGGCAACGUCAAAUCCUGUGACAUACAUCUUUACAAAAUACACAAUGGUUGGUUUACUUUUGAUGGAUGAUGAAUUAAUCAUCACACUAUAUCACAGGCGUAUUUGUAAUAUUCUGGGUAGAUAGAGUGGGACUGUAAUGAAUAGAAGCCUAUUUUAUUGUGUGUGAUGUCACUGUAAUAUUUCUGUUCUAUCUAAAGAUUUAUAUAUUUUUAGAUGUGUGUGUAUAAAAUCCUUAUUAAAAAUGACAGUUUGCUCACUCAUAUACAGUAGCGUAUACAAUGAAUAGUGUGAAAUGAUAAGGAUAUUUCAUACUGCCAAAUGUGUUUGAAUGUUUCCACUUGUAAUAAAGUAUCUGCUGCCACAAAA